AAAGGGGCCGGAGCUCCCAGCAGUGACCAGAGCUCUGGGCCUUUUAAAUCGGGCAGCGCUGAAGGGCUGGCUGGGGGAGUCUGGCCGCAGCCCCGCCCCUUCUUCACGAGGCCACGCCCCUUCCGGGGGCACAGAGUGGCGUGCCCCCCACACCUUGCGCAGGACCGCAGCCUCCCUGCGUACUGCCCUUGCAAAGUUUAAAGAAGACCGUUCUCUGCCUUCUUGUCAGUUAUCACCAUGGCUCCUUAUUUCAUCUCGGAGUGGAUCCUAAUGGUCCUGUUUACAGGUCUCACAGUAUCAGGCUCUCCAGUGAGAGGAGUGGUGGGUCAGAACGUCACUUUGCCCUGUAAAUACCAAGUUAAUCUCCAAAGUGACAUCACAACAAUGUGCUGGGGUCGGGGCAGCUGUCCUUCUUUUCAGUGUUCUCAGCCAAUUCUCUGGACAGAUGGACGGAGGGUAACCAAGCGUCAGUCCAGCAGAUACCAGUUAGAAGGGAAUCUCACUCAGGGGGAUGUGUCCCUGACCAUAGUGAAUGUGGCAGAAGCAGACGGAGGGGUGUACUGCUGCCGUGUGGAGAUCCCUGGUUGGUUCAAUGAUCAGCAGAAGAAUCUGGAAGUUGCAAUUGAGACAGCUAGGACCUCCACUGCAGGCCCUCACACUAACACAUCUGAACACACCUCAGCUGCUGCGAAUGCCAGUGAUACACCUUCCACCGUCGCCCCACAAUGGCCGUUGGUUUUCAGUUCAGAAGCCCCUCAGGAUGCUUCAAUUCAGACUAUGUCCACGUCAAUCCGUCAGCUAAUGGAGCCAGAAUCCAUGGGGGCAGGGAUGCAUGUUGGAAUCAGCAUUUUUGUGGUACUUCUAGUCAUCCUGGUUUUGGCCCUAAUUCUAUCCAAAAGGUAUUUCCACAACAGACAGAAGCUGAAGACUUUGGCAAGCUCAGUCUCAUUCUCCAACCCAGAACAUGGAGGCUUCCAGAGCACGCUGGAAGCUGGGGUCCAUGCAGAAGAGAAUAUUUAUACGAUGGACAUGGCCCAUUCCCUGUUGCUUCCCUGGAUCAUGCUACAGCUGUAUAUAGCACAUGGUGUGUCUCUCACAGUAGUGAGAGCAAAGGUGGGGCAGUCCGUCAAACUACCCUGCACCUACAGCGUUAGACAAAUGAGUGACAUCAGUGUCAUGUGCUGGGGCCGGGGAAUCUGUCCGUCAUCUAAAUGCAGCAGUGAAAUUGUUCGCACGGAUGGGUGGAAGGUGAUAUCUACAGCGAGUGGCAGAUACCAACUAAAAGGUCCUAUCCCCAGAGGGGAUGUCUCUCUGACUAUAAGCAAUGUGGACCACAAAGACAGAGGGGCAUACUGCUGCCGCAUAGAGAUUCCUGGAUGGUUCAAUGAUAUCAAACAAAACCUGAAUUUGCAGGUUUACAGAGCACCUGCUACUCCCGCAACAACCACCACAACUGCCCUCCCAACACCCACUACUCUGCCCCUGACAACCACUAUUGCACUCCCAACACCCACUACUCCCACAACGACAACCACAGCUGCCCUCCCCACAACCUUUCCUGCCCUGACAACCAUUUUUCAGACAGCUUCUGUGUGGACUGAAGAUGAUGAUUUCAUUUUUUUCACACCAGAACUUGUUCUCCCUACUGAAGAAUCACCAACUCCGGUUCUGAUCUCCGAGGGGACUGAAAAUGUCAAUCCUGCUUUCGCUACAGAAGGUGGUGUUCUCAGUCCAGGGACAGUUCCCCCAGUUACGGUCCAGACAGCCCCUGAGGCAAGUGAAGUGAAUGCUAUUUCUUACGCUACAUUUCCCUUGACAUCUGCGGGAGACUCGCCGAAAGAGGGACUCGGUGAAGAGGCUUCAACAGAUUCAAAACUUCAGUCAGAGGAAAGUGUAGAUAAUCCAAACCAGCACCUAAAGAAUGAAAUUCCAACCAUAAUCAUCUCUGUGGUAGUGACAGUCAUUCUUCUCUUCACAUUGGUGCUGGUAGUGUUAUUGACAUGUAAACGCUUGGGGAAGUAUCAACUGCAUACCAUAAAAAGCUCAGAUUUAUCUGCAGAGCCUGAAAAAAUUCUCAGUGGAGUAGAAGAAGAGAAUACCCUUUUGACUCUGCAGCAGAUACCCGACGGCCAUUCAAUAUCACAGGGAACAUGUCACGAUCCUGUGGAAUCCAGCAUCUAAAAGAGGCUCUUUCAUGGUAGGCUGGAAAAUAAGGAUUAAUUCCUUGCUAACCCUGGAAAUAAUGGAUACAAACCAAAACCCAGAUCCAAAUAUCUGAACUGUGGGGAGUUUAAAACCUAGAAGCAAAUUUUACUCUAAAGUUUUUAGGCACCUAACUUCCAGGUGAUGCCCUGAGGAUCUGGGCCUUUUCCUCUUGAGCCAUCUUUAAAACUGCUGGAUAAAGUAGCCUCUAUUAGAAGAUUUUUUACCCAUUGCUUGAAUCUCAAAAUUCUUAGUCUCUUAAGCCCCAAUCCUGGAACUCCUUGCUUAUGAGUAACUUCAAAGCACCAGAAUAAUCUUGCUGAAGUCAACUGGACUACACAUAUGCUUAGGAUCUGGGCCUUAUUUACGAGUAACAGCAGGGGUGCUGGAACAAUUUGUAUAGUGAACCAAACUGUAAACGCUGUAUGUGAUGGAAACCACUUGAAGCCAGGGGGUGCUGUAUUACUGCUGGAAUAGAUUUUAACCUUUCCCUAUAUUCCCCUGACCUGACUGCCUGAAUCCAUGCUGUGGAGUGAGCAAUAAUAAAGAGAAGAACUAA